GAGGAAUAGUAGAAGGAAGAAGAAGGUAGCUUAGAGAGGAAACAAUGGAAGAUGCUUCAUCAACUAGGGAGGUGACAGCGCAAGCAACUCCUGGUUACUACCCUUGGUCUUUUAAUGAAGUUAUAAGGGCUAUUCUUAGGUGUUUGGGACUUGAAAACGAAUUCCAUCAAGACCCUUCAAGUCCAAAGAAAGAAGAUGAUGGUACAGUAAAUGGUAAUACUCAAGCUGGUUGCCUGGAGUCCCCUAUGGUUUCCCUUGAAGCAGGUGCAGAUCCAACUUCAACAACAGACCAGUCAGAUCCUCCAAGCACAGUGACAGACGACCCACCAGCUGAUCCUCCUUCCACCACAGAAGACGACCCGGGUCUCGUAAUUUCUCUUUCUGCUCCAACAAGGCCAGGGACAAGUAGUGGCAGUGGUCCUCAGAUAAAUUAACUUGUGCUCUCAUGAUCACACUGAGUUGUGGGCAAACCAAACUUGGCAACAAUAUUGAAGAGAGGUUAUCAAGGUCCUUGACUCUUCUUUUCAUCUCUCUCUUUUUUUUUUUUUCUUUAUGGUUUUUUCUGUGUGCUUUUGUGUGGUUUGAAGGGAGAUUGAGAGUUGCAACUUGCAACAGUAGUGCAAGCAUAGAGUUGAUUUCAGUAUGUGAUUAUGAAUGAUUUGUUAAUAAAUCUUAACCCAUGUUUUAAUUUUAAAGAGUAUAUUAAUUCCAGUAACAUGCGGAUAUUGCGCUUAGGAAUUUGGAGUUUGAGGCUUUGUAAUUUAGAUUUAAAUUCCACAAGGUUUGAGAGUACUGCUCUUCAUUUA